AUGGUGAAGUUCACUGCAAACACAAGUGCCCUGCAGAGUGGUAUCUUUGGGGGUAAGGAGGCCAAGCCCCACUCCAGACCCUACAUGGCAUCACUACAGAUCAGCAGAUAUCAUGUGUGCGGAGGAGUUCUGAUCAGGAGAGACUACGUACUCACUGCUGCCCACUGCCUCAUAGACGAGCCACCAGAUGCCGUACUCCUUGGUGCUCACAACGUCAGCAAGGAAGAGAAGAGCCAGCAGCGUGUGGGUGUAUCUGAGUCCAUACCACACCCAAAAUACAGACCUGUUGAUGAGCCAUGGGGACGCCAACACGACAUCAUGCUGCUCAAGCUGGACCCUCCAGUGAAGCUGACCAAGUUUGUGUCAGUGCCGGAGCUGCCUAAGAAGUUUGGCCGCCUGAAGGCAGGUACACGGUGUGAGGUGGCCGGCUGGGGCAAGAGGGUGCUGGGCAGGGGCGCAGAGUCUGUCCUCUAUGAGACCACUGUCAUCCUGGACAAACACUCGACCUGCAAAGUCUCAUGGCAGAAUUACUACAACCAAGACCAGAUGAUCUGUAGCAUCUCCGAUGGCAAAGACGGCGUCUGCCAGGGCGACUCCGGGGGUCCUCUGCUGUGCUUGGAGGGUGAGAGUAGAGUUCUGUACGGCAUCACGGCUUACACUGGUGUCCCCUGUGACAACGUAAAAUUCCCAGAAGUCUACAUGAGGGUGCCCUUCUUCCUGCCUUGGAUACGCUCAGUCAUGGGAGAUAAUUAACGUGUUUUUUCAGAACAUUUUGCCCCCUAUUUAGAUUUUCAUUAUGUGGACUCUAGCUGAA